CCGCCCCGCCCGGCCCCGCCCCGCCAGUCGGUGCGUGGCCGCCGCGCCGGACGGACGCGCUUGAGCGGGUCUGCGCGCUCACCGCCAUGGCUGACCCCACUACUCAAUCCCCCUUCGUUUCUUCAUCCUCAUCCUCCUCCUCCGGUCAGUCACAGCCCCAGCUCGGAGGCUGCGGGGCCGCUGGCUCCGCCUUCUGCGCCGCCCACGACCUCCUCUUCUGGCGGGAUGUGAGGAAGACGGGGAUCGUCUUCGGCGCCAGCCUCCUCCUCCUCCUCUCCCUGGCCACCCUCAGCGCCGUCAGCGUGGUCGCCCACCUCGCCCUGGCCCUGCUCUCCGUCACCAUCAGCCUCCGCGUCUACAAAGCCGUCGUCCAGGCUGUCCAGAAGUCGGAAGAGGGGCACCCCUUUCGAGCUUACCUGGAGCUGGACGUGACCUUGUCCCCCGAGACCUUCCAGGCUCACGCCACCACCGUCGCCCUCCACCUCAACCAGGCGUUGCGGUUACUCCUCCGCCUCUUCUUGGUGGAGGAUCUGGUGGAUUCCGUGAAGCUGGCCAUGUCGAUGUGGCUGCUGACCUACGUGGGAGCUGUCUUCAAUGGCAUCACCCUCCUCAUCCUCGCCGAGCUGUUGGCCUUUACCCUCCCGCCCCUCUACGAGAAGUACAAGGUGCAGAUCGAUCACUACGUGGGCAUCGCCCGCAACCAGACCAAGGACCUCAUGGCCAAGAUCCAGGCGAAGCUCCCAGGCCUGGCCAAGAAGAAGCCGGAAUAAAACCCCGGGGGUGGCGGGGAAAUAUCGGGGUACCCGGCUGGUGCCCCCCCACCACCCGAGCUCGUCUGCUGGCCCCCCCCGAACUCAGACACCCCCCCCCCCCCCAAGCUCGUACACUCCCUCCAUCUCUCACAGUGGUGUCCGUCUGUCCUUCCCUCCCCCCCCAGCCUUGGACUUGGCCUCUGCUAUGGGGCUAUUGGGGGGCCUGCACCCCAAAACCCCCCUCCCGCUCCCCUGGGGGGGAUCCCCCCCCCAGCUCGUUUCUCCCCCCCCGUUUAUUUUUUUUUAACGUUAAUUGAGAUGAAAUGUCUGUAACUGCUGUACCUUGGGGGGGCGGGGCAAAGCCCCUUGAGGGGGGGCUCGGCCCCCUCCCGCAGCCCCCCCAAACCGCACUGCGCCCCCCCCCUCAAUUCCCCCCCCAGUAGUUUGUGGUGGGGGGAAAACAGGGGACCCCCCCCCAAUCCGUCCGCGGGGAAGCGGCAUCAAUAAAACACCGCGACGGA